CCGACAACGAACGAUGCUCAAGUGGGCGGUCCUGGCGUUGGCGCUCGUUGCGACCCCCCAAAUCGAAGGAUGCACGGUGAUUGCUGUGGGCAAGAAAGCGACGGCAGAUGGAUCAGUCAUGGUGACCCACACCAACGACGCUGGCUUGAACCCAUCCGAUUUACGCAUGGUGCGCGUACCAGCCAUGAAUCACUCGGAAGGGUCCGUGCGUCAUGUGCACAACUUUCAGCGAAAUGGAUAUCCUCGCUUGGUAACAAUGGAUCGCGGUCCGUUGUAUGAGCCCGUGGGCGAUCAACCCGUGUCGAAAAUCAUCGGCCACAUCCCUCAAGUCCCGUACACACAUGGCUACUUUGAUCACGACUAUGGCAUGAUGAACGACGUCCAGUUGAGUAUUGCUGAAAGCACCUGCGCGGCAAAGACCGUGGGGUGGCCCAAGUCCCUGCAUUACGGUCACAACUUGUUUGGCAUUGAAGAGCUGUCGAAGAUUGCCCUCGAACGUUGCGACAGCGCUCGGUGUGCCAUCCAACUCAUGGGCGACUUGGCCGAGACCCAUGGCUUUUUCGGUGAAUAUGGAAAGAACCAACGCGCCAACUACGGGAGCUCGUCGGAAGCGCUGGGCAUUUCAGACAAGUAUGGCGAAUCUUGGAUUUUUCACAUCUUGACGGGGCCGAACAACAGCAGCGCUGUGUGGGCAGCGCAACGCGUGCCUGACGAUCACAUUGCUGUCGUCGCCAACUCGUUUGUCAUCCGCCAGCUCAACCUGGCCGACCCAGACAACUUUAUGGCGUCGUCCAAUGUCGAGUCGUUUGCAAAGGACAUGGGGUGGUGGGACCCAGCGUCGGGUCCGUUUGAUUUUGCCGCGGCGUAUUCGUGGGCGAAACCAGGCCCGACCAAGCCCCUGUACGGCGGACGUCGCAUCUGGCGCAUCUUCGACGUGUUUGCGCCGUCCAAAAAGUUUGACUCGACGCUGGGCCAGCAUCCCACCGUUGAAACGUAUCCAUUUUCUGUCGCGCCGGACGAGAAAGUGACGCCAAAGCGCCUGAUGGACAUGAUGCGCGACCAUUACGAAGGCACGCCGUACGACAUGACAAAGGAGACGGCGGCGGGUCCGUUUGGCAACCCAGUGCGAUACGGCGGGUCCAACAAAGGCGUGCAAGGCGGGUGGGAACGAUCGGUGUCGAUGCACCGAACGACCCAUAGCUUUGUCUUGCAAGCGCGCGGCAACCUCCCAGACGACGUUGGCGGUGUGACUUGGUACGCGCUGGGCGCCCCCCAUGGGUCGAUCUACACGCCGUUUUCGUGUGCCCAGCGCACGAUUCCACCGUCGUAUCUCGUGGGUCGCCGCCACGAAUUCAACCCAAAGGCCGCGUGGUGGGCCUUUCAGUUUGUCAACAACUGGAGCAUGCUGCGGUACGACCUCAUCCACGCCGACGUGAAAAAGGAGCUGGACGCGAUUCAGGACGAAGCGAUUGCGCUCGAGGCCGAGACCGUCGUUCAAGUACACAACCUCACGGACGUGUCGGCGCGCCUUGACUUUAUCGAACGCCGCAACAACGAGUUUGCUCAAGCGAUGGUCGAUCGGUGGUGGACCUUUGCAUUCAAGCUCGUGGGCAAAUUCAACGACGGCUACGUGAUUGAAGGCGACCGGGCUGGCGACAUGCAUGUCCCGGGGUACCCCGCGUGGUGGCUCGAGUCGACAAACUACGCCGCGUGGCCCGCGAAACAAGCCUACAACCCUCCUCCCCAAGUGCUGCUCGCAGACAGCACGAUGACGGCGUCGGCUUCGUUUCCCAUUGUGUCUGCGUUUGCCUACUUUGCCAUGUUUGCCGCCGGUCUGGUCGCGGGGGUGUUGUUUUUACAGCAUCACACGCGGUCGCGAGAGUAUCGGCAGUUGGUGUAGUCGAUCGAUCGAAUUCAUACUUUGCGACUUGGGUUAUAUCGAUGGCGAUGUUUGACCGCGGCGCAUGGGAGUGGUGGAAGCGUGCUCGACUGACGUAUAUUCUCAC